CACACACACACACACACACACACAGACGCGCANAAGGGGCAAGAGGAGAGUGUCUACCCACAGACACAGACACCGCAACAGCAACCAGUCGCAAUACAGCCACAGCAACAACACCAGCACCAGCAGCCAACCACACUACAACAGCAACAGCACACACAGCCACAGCACACACAGCAACAGCAACCAGUCGCAAUACAGCCACAGCAACAACACCAGCACCAGCAGCCAACCACACUACAACAGCAACAGCACACACAGCCACAGCACACACAGCAACAGCACACACAGCAACAGCAGCAGCACACACAGUCACAGCACACACAGCCACAGCAACAGCAACAGGCGCAGGCUGAGAUCAAUGGCACAGCGGGCACGCGCAGGGCAGCCCACAGCCUCAGGCAAAAGGACCAGAUGGAAGAGAAAGAACGUCUGCGGCAAUAUAUCACAUACUACUCUGCCACUGCCGUUAGCGGGUUCUUUCGGUCCAUUUCUCUUCUGCGCGAGGGCAAUUCACUUCAGGACACCCUGCGGCUUCUGACCCUUUGGUUCAAAUACGGGUCACAUGAGAAGGUGGGCGUCGCCAUGAACGAGGGCACGCGGUCCGUUCCUAUUGACACAUGGCUGCAAGUGAUCCCACAGUUAAUCGCUCGCAUUCACACACCCUCUCCACCCGUACGUGACCUGAUACACAACCUGUUAACCGGCAUAGGCAAGCAACACCCGCAGGCGCUGAUAUACCCACUGACGGUGGCCAGCAAGUCACAGAGUGUGCUACGCAAGGAUGCCGCAGAGGCUAUCACGUCCAAAAUGCGCCAGAACUAUCCCAAACUGGUCGAGCAGACCACACUUGUAAGCAACGAGCUGAUCCGUGUAGCCAUUGUAUGGCACGAGAUGUGGCACGAGGGUAUUGGAAGACGCAUCGCGUCUGGUGGUUUGGACGAAGAAAACUUUGAAGGGCUCUACGAGACACUAGAGCCAUUGCACCAGAUGAUUAAGACGGGUCCA